AGAUAAUCAAAAUCAUUAAUUAUCAUUAAAAAUUGAUGCUUAAAAAAACAAAACAAAGCAUGAGUCAAAAAUUAAAGUGGAAAAAUCUAGAAAAGCCGCUUUCCAAGCCUAUCCUAAGGAUUAUUCAGGAUGUAUUUAAAUUCGAGAAGAUGACACCAGUGCAGUUUGCAACGAUUCCUCAAUUAAUGUCUCAUAAAGAUGUAGUCUGUGAAGCUGUUACUGGAUCAGGCAAAACGCUUUCAUUUAUAGUCCCAAUGCUAGAAAUAUUAUUAAAACGCCACAAUGAGUAUCAAUGGAAAAAGACAGAAAUUGGAGCAAUAAUUCUGUCGCCAACAAGAGAAUUAGCAACACAAACAAGUGACGUUCUGGAAAAAUUUCUCAAUGAACCAGAAUUCAACUUUUUAUCCCAGAAACUCCUAGUUGGUGGAACUAGCGUGGAAGAAGAUGUUGAAUAUUUCAGAAAGAAUAGUGUACAUAUAUUAAUAUGCACAGUUGGACGAUUAAUGGAUUUGCUUGAAAGGAAUGAUGAUAUUAAGCUUGCUGGACGAGUAAAAAGCGUGGAAAUUCUUAUACUCGAUGAAGCUGAUCGUUUACUAGACCUUGGAUUUGAAGUUCAAAUUAAUACAAUUUUGAGCUACUUGCCAAAACAACGUCGAUCUGGACUUUUUUCAGCUACACAAACAAAGGAAUUAUUUGAUUUGAUAAGAGCUGGACUUAGAAAUCCAGUGAUUAUUAGUGUCAAAGAGAAAGCUAAUAUUAGUACACCUAAAUUACUACAGAAUUUUUAUAUGAUUGCUCCUGCCGAACAAAAGUUGAAUUAUUUGUUAAAGUUUAUUGAAUCGUUUGAUAUCCAAAAGGCAAUGCUGUUUCUUCCGACUUGUGCCUGUGUAGAAUAUUGGAGUGAAAUAUUACCACACUUACUUGACAUGCCGAUACUGUCAAUUCAUGGAAAAAUGAAAAAGAAAAGGUUAAAGAUUUUAAAUCAAUUUAGAGAACUAGACAAAGUCAUUUUAUUAUGUACAGACUUAAUGGCAAGAGGUGUAGAUGUUCCUGAAAUGGAUUGGGUUCUGCAAUUUGAUCCACCAUCAAAUUCUGCAUCGUUUGUUCAUCGAGUUGGUCGAACAGCAAGGCAAGGAUGUGAAGGAAAAGCUUUAAUUAUGUUAUUGUCAAAUGAGACUCCUUACAUCGACUUUUUAUCCAAAAAUCAAAAGAUUGAAAUGAAAGCUGCAGAAACGAAUGAGGAUUGGAAUGAUAAUUUUAAUAGAAUUAAUGGAAUCAUUCAUAAAAUACAACAAAAAGACAAGAAUAUUUUUGAUAAAGCUACUCGUGCCUUUGUGUCUCAUAUAAAAUCAUACAGUAAGCAUGAAUGCAAUUUAAUUCUAAGACUCAAGGAUCUUGAUUUGGGAAAAAUUGCAUCAAGUUAUGGACUUUUAAGACUUCCAAAAAUGCCAGAGAUGAAGGAUGAGUUUAAUAAAAGUUUUAUUGGACCCGAUAAAAUCGUUGAUAUUAACUCAUUAAAGUACAAAAAUAAACAGAAGCAAGAAGCUUAUCAAAAGAAGCAACUCAUUUAUCAAGAAACCGGUGAAUGGCCAGGGAAAAAAGUUAUAGUCAAGAAAUCAAAUGAGUCGUGGACUGAAGCAAAGCAAAAAAAAGAUAUACGUAAAGAAAAUCGUAAAAAACGGCAAGAGAUCAAAAAGAAUGUUCAUGACGCAAAGGAAAGGGGUGAAGCUGUUCCAAAAAAACGGAAGAAAAAUCAAUAUUCACAGGAAGAUCUUGAAGAAUUAGCAAAGGACAUUAGAGCAAUUAAAAAAUUCAAGAAAAAUAAAAUAAGCAAGGAGGAACUAGACAAUGAAAUGGGUUUAUCAAAUGACAGCGGCGAUUCUGAUUAAGGGCAAUUCUUUGGAUGACUUUUGGAAAAUUGUCAGCAAAAAAUCGAAACUUUAUUGAUUUUUCCCAUAAGAGACACAGAUUUUAUGAUUCUUAUCGAUGUAAAAAUCUAAAAUGAACACUACUUUUGAUAUCAUAUACUUCUAAUUCGCUGUAUUAAUUAAGUUAUUUGGAUUCAAUAACUCGAUGACAGAAAUCGGAAUUUUCAAUUUUCUAGAAAACUAUUGAUAUUUACAUUGAUUAACUUUUACUGAGUUAUAGAACAGACAAAAAUCUUUAAUUUGGUUGCUUUUUUAUGUGCUUUUAAAAAGAAAUGUUUCAAUUCUUUGAAAAAUUUCCUUGUGUCAUCGAG